AUGAAUCAAGAGAAACAUAUCGAAAAAAUAUAUCCGAGAGAAAUUAUUGUAGCUACGAAUUUAGCAGCUCGAGGUAAUGAUAUAAAAACGGAUCAUAUUGAAAAAUAUGGUGGUCUUCAUGUUAUUGUUACAUUUAUGCCAUCUAAUAAACGUGUUGAAGAACAAGCAUUUGGUAGAACUACACGACAAGGUAAACAUGGUACAGGUCAAAGAAUAAUAAAUGCUGCUAGUUUAGCUCAUUAUAAAAACUUCAACAUACAGAAAAUCACAGCACUACGAGAUAGUAUUAAGAUAAACAUGUUAGAUGAUUUUCAAAAGCGUGAACUACAAAUAAUUACUUUGAAAGAUGAACGUUUUACCAAGUUUUGUUUGUUGUUAAAUGAAAUAAGAGAAAAAAUUAGAGAAAAAAAUAGUUUAUAUGUAAAAAUAAAAAAUCAAGCUAAAAGGAUAUUUACAAAUAUUUCACCGUCCGUUCUUGAGUCUAAUAUACUUCUCAGCAUUGAAGAACAAUGGGCAAUGUUUUUAUAUCAAAUCGAUAAUCAAAAAGCUCCAACUGAUAGCAAGAUAUUUCACGAACAAUUUGAAAAAUUUAGUAAAAAAAUUCGAGAAAAUUACGAAAAUUAUUGUAUUAUUAAGAAUCCUUAUUGUCAUAUUGCCAUUGCUGAUGACUUAGUUAUUAAUGAUUCUUCACUCUACAGAAACUAUGAUAAUGCGAUGAAACAUUUCGAUCGAGCUAUAGAACUUGAUUCAAAACAUAGUGCAGCUGCAUUUGCCGGAAAAGGUUGGUUAUUAUUAAAAGGUAAAGAAAAUUUCUUUCGUUCAAAUAAACAAUCUAUAGAUUAUAAAGAAAUGGCUAUUCGACUAUUUAAUAAAGCACUUGAAAUUCUUAGUGAAGAAAUGUCGGCACUAACAGUUAUACAAUCAUUUUUACAACAUCGUUGUCAGAAUACGAAUACUGAUCUUAGUAAACAAUUAAUUCAAAAAUAUAAUAUUCUUGGUUCUUAUUGUAAUAGUUUAGAAAAUACUGUAAAGAUUAUUAAGAAAUCGCAAAGAUUAAUUCAAAUAACAGAAUUGCAAAUUUACAAUACGAAAUCUUUAAAAGAAUGUGGAAAAUGGUGCGACAUUCGUUUAAUAUCUUAUAACCGUCUAGAUCAUUACAAGACAUUAAUUCCCAAUAGUAAAAAAAUUAUUGUUACGAAGGAAAAAAAUAAUAUAGUUACAGUUUUUUAUAUACAAAAAAAUAAAGAUCGAUUAAGAGAAUGGAUAGUGAAUGAUUCUACUUUGAGUAAUGCACUUUUAUCUUUAUCGUAUGAUGAAACGAUUCUCGAUCGAGAUAUUCAUAUAAAAAUUCAUAUUUUAAUUUAUGAAAAACUUAAAUCAAAAAAUGGUCAUAUUCGAGAAGAAUUUCCAGCAUUUCUUCAACAAUCAACAGAUCAUAAUCAAUACGAGGUAACGUUUAAUGAUUUAACUGUUAGACAAGAUAGUGGAACUAAAGAUCAAGCAAUAGAGAUUAUCGAUAAGAUGCUAUCUCAAAAUGAAAAUAGUUUGUUUGAUAAAUCUAUUGAACUUUCACCUCUCAAAAAAGUUAAAUGUUUUCCUAAAAAAAGUGGAAUUUUGGACUAUGAUUAUGAACAUAUAAACAUAACUAUACAACAGAUUAAUGCAGAGAAGUUAAGAGAUUUUCUAAAUCCAAACAUUGAAGUUAAAGAGUUGACAAAAGAGGAAGCUCUGACACAAUUGAAAGAAAAUACUUGUUUUUUCGAUCGAUAUUUAUUACCAGAAACUUGGUCCCUCGAUUCAUGCCGAAUUAAUUUAGAAAUUACUUCCGAGAAUAAUAAUAUACCAGAGAAAAUGACUGAUUUGAGCGUCAAAAUAGCAAUGAAACUAAUCGCAGAACGAAUAGAUCAAAAUGAACGUUUCAAUUUGAAUUUCGUAUCAGCUAAUCAAACAGCAAAAAUCUUAGAAAAAGCAUUAUAUCGUUCAAAUAUAACGAUCGAAUUCAUUGGAUUAACAGCAGAAAAUGUUGAAGAAAAGUUAAGAACGAUAGUAUCUAGAUCCAUUACUCUUGAACUCAUCGACAAUAAAGAAACAUUACUAAAAGUUAUUGAUUCUUUAACAACGGAACGGAUACAGUUGUAUAGUCGCGUAAAAGAACAUGGUAUUACGGAAGUAGUAAAUAAGAUUAGAGCCGAGCAAAAAAUUUCAGAAAUUACAGAUAAAUCUACGACUAUGAAAUUAAUUGAUGUAAAUAAAAGCAUUGUAGACAAUAUACUUGAUAUUUGUCCUAAUGCGAAUUUUAAUAUGACUCCUAUUAAUAUACAGAAUAAAUGUCUUUUGAUUGGAUUAAAAGAUGAACUUAUAAAUGUAAAGUUUGAUAUGUUACAAAAAAAAGCAGCCAAAACAAUUAUUGAACAGAUAAGAAAACAUAAAUUGGAAUUUAGUUUAAUAUUUACACAACUGACAAGUCAUGAAGCAAAACAAAUAAUAGAAUUAGCUCCAAUAGAACAAGAGAACGUGGAAGUUCAUAGAUUUAAAACUUUAAGUGAAUUGUUCAUGAGUCAACUACGGCCUAAUUUAGAGUUAGCUGAAUUUUCUGGACGUGGUAUCGAAUAUUUAAUUGAAAUUAAUGAAAAAAAAUUUAUUCCAUGGACAAGUAUUGCUAGCAUAUGUGCUCUAGCUAGUAUUCAAAUGGCAAUAGGAGGACUAUAA